AGGUCCCAACCCUCAUUCCCACCCCGCAAGCAGAAAGCCCACAGAGAGAGAAACAAAGAGGAGGGAAAAAAAAAAUUUCCAAGAAAAUAAAGAAAAUCUACUCUCCUCUCUGUGAUGGACUUUGAACCCAUUUGUUUCCCAAUCGUUGUUGCUGUUAUUGUUCUUGUUGUUGCAUGACAAUCUCUGUCUUCCUGGAACCAACAGGGGUCCGCAUAUUCUUUGUCCCUCCAGCCCGAUUGAUCGUAUCAUUCCGUCAUUAAUCUUUCGUAUUUUUUUUAAGAAGGAUUGAUGGGUUCAUAUGAUCCAGCGCAGUGACUCCAGCGAUCGUGACGGCAAGGUGUAUUUUCUUGAUUCAUUGAUUUAAGGUUCGUGAUUGGGAGCCUCGCCGAUUUUCCAAUGAAAGAUUCGGUUUUUGGGACAAUUAGCACUUGCCCAUUUUAUUCAUGGUGUCUGCGUUUAUUAAUCCGUGUUUGAUUCCUGAAACAUUUGGACCUAUUUUUGGGAAGACAGAACAGAAGCUUGAGCUUGAUAUCUACUGGAAUAUCAAUAAAUUGAUUGCUGGGUUAUUUGGGUGAGAACAUGUAAAGUUAUGGUAUCCACUUCAUUGUUGAGGAUCAUUUCCCCCUGUUGGAAGCCUUCGGUUGAGGGCGAUAGCUCAGGGAGAGGCGGAGAUGCGAGCGGGAGGCAUGAUGGGCUUCUAUGGUACAAGGACACGGGGUCCCACUAUGGCGGGGAAUACUCUAUGGCAGUGAUUCAGGCAAACUCCCUCCUUGAGGAUCAUAGCCAGCUAGAAUCGGGACCAUUGAGCACAAGCGACUGGGGCCUGCAAGGGACAUUUGUUGGCAUUUACGAUGGCCAUGGAGGCCCCGAAGCUGCCCGAUUCGUGAAUGAACAACUUUUUGACAAUGUAAAGAAAUAUGCAUCGGAGAACCAAGGAAUGUCUGCGGACAUAAUCAAGAAGGCCUUUUUGGCUACAGAAGGGGAGUUUCUCUCUCUAGUGAAGAAGCAGUGGCUAACAAAGCCUCAGAUUGCUUCGGUAGGUUCCUGCUGCUUGGUAGGUGUGAUAUGCAGCGGGCAGUUAUACAUUGCGAAUGCAGGAGAUUCCCGGGUUGUGCUGGGUAGGCUCGAGAGGGGUGCCAAGGAGAUCAAGGCUGUCCAGUUAUCUUCAGAGCAUAAUGCAAGCAUUGAGACUGUGAGAGAGGAGUUGCGAUUGUUGCAUCCCGAUGAUCCGCAAAUCGUGGUGAUGAAGCACAAAGUUUGGCGAGUGAAGGGUUUGAUACAGGUUUCGAGAUCCAUUGGUGAUGCCUAUUUAAAGAAGGCAGAGUUCAACAAAGAACCUCUGUUGUCAAAAUUUAGGCUGCCAGAACCCUUUGAUAGCCCGAUUCUUAGAGCUGAACCCACAAUACAUGUCCAAAGGAUUCAUCCUCAGGAUCAGUUUCUCAUAUUCGCAUCAGAUGGCUUGUGGGAACACCUCAGCAAUCAAGAGGCAGUCGAUAUUGUUAGCAACUGUCCACGUAACGGUGUUGCGAGGAAGCUGGUGAAGGCGGCACUGUGCGAAGCGGCCAAGAAGAGAGAGAUGAGAUACUCGGACCUGAAGAAGAUAGACCGAGGGGUGAGAAGACACUUUCACGACGAUAUCACGGUGAUAGUUCUCUUCCUUGACUCUCACCUGUUAAACCGGAGCUCCUCCUCUCACUUGCUAACCCGACGGCUCCCGCCGGUCUCAAUCAAAGGAGGCGGCGUCCCUUCAUUCUUCCACACCAUCUAGCGUCGAGAGGUUCCUUUAAUAAUCCAAUCCAUCGCUUGGAGACUCCGAUGUUUGUUUCCUGACAUUUCCUUUUGUCUUCGAUUUUUUCAAUUGCAUCUUUUUUUCUUUUGAACUAUUGGAGAAACUAUUUAUAUAGCUUGGAAGAGAGAAUCUAGAGGAGUGGAGUUUCUGAUGUAUAGCAAAGUGAUUCUUCUUUGAGAACUCCCCGACUGUUGAUGUUUCAGACCAAAACGUAGUUACCACUCACAUUUGGCAGUGUGUUCUAUUAACUCCAUUCGUGAUUUUAUCUGAUCUUGAGACGAGUUCUCGAGGUUCUUAAUCUGGAAAACCUCAUUCGGUUGCUUCCA